AUGACCCGCGCUUCAUGCACUUCCCCUCGCGCCGCUCGACCGUCUUCUCGACGAAGGGCAUGGUCGCGUGCUCCCAGCCGCUCGGCCGGCCUCGAGAUCCUGAACAAGGGCGGUAACGCCGCCGACGCUGCUGUCGCGGUCGCUGCAGCGCUUAACGUCACCGAGCCGACGUGCACCGGUAUCGGAGGCGACAUCUUCUGUCUCUUCUACGACGCCAAGACGAAGCAGGUGUCCGGCAUCAACGGCUCUGGCCGUUCGCCUGCCGCGCUCACCCUCGAGCACCUCCGCAAGCAGGGCAUCACGGGCAACACGAUCCCCCUGAACAACAUGAACUCGGUCACUUGCCCCGGCGCUGCGGCUGGAUGGUGGAAGACAAUUGAGGAAUUCGGAUCUGGACGCCUCAAGAUGCCUGAGAUCCUUGCGCCCGCUAUCCGUAUGGCGAAGGAGGGCGUGCCCGAGCACGAGAUCAACGCCAACGCUUGGGAGCACCAGGAGCAGCUGCUCAAGGAUGCGUCGCCGAACUGGAAGGAAAUGAUGAUGCCCAACGGACACGCCCCCCUCCCGUCCAACAUCAUGGUGCACCCCGAGCUGGCCGAGACCUUCGAGGCCGUCGCCAAGGGUCCGGAGCACUUCUACGAGGGCCGUAUUGCCGAUGCAAUCGUCGAGCUCGUCCAGUCCGGUGGCGGCGUCAUGACGCAGGAAGACCUGAAGAACACGCGUGCUAACCGCACCGACCCGAUCUCCUACACCUUCCACGCAACUAAGGAGGACCCGGGAAUCACGCUCAAUGAGCACGCCCCGAAUGGCCAGGGUCUCGUCGCCCUCAUCGCGCUCGGCAUCAUCGAGGAGAUUGAGAAGCUGCACGGCUUCCAGGUCCUCGAGCUUGAGCACAACUCGCCGGAAUACCUGCACAUUCUUAUUGAGGCGCUCCGCCUCGCUUUCGCCGAUGCGCAGCACUAUGUUGCCGAUCCCGACCACUACAAGACUCCGGUGGAGGAGCUUCUCUCCGAGCCGUACCUUCGCUCCCGCGCCAAGCUCUUCGACCCGACCAAGGCGACAAACCCUGUCAACGGAGACCCCUUCGCGUGCACUGAUACUGUGUACUUUACCACAUCGGACAGCGAAGGUAACGCGUGUUCCUUCAUCGCCUCGAAUUAUGCUGGUUUCGGCACCGGAGCGAUUCCGAAGGGUUGCGGCUUCACUCUGCAGAACCGUGGAGCCGGUUUCCGCCUCGAAGAAGGCCAUUUUAACUGCGUAGCUCCGCAUAAGAAGCCCUUUCAUACCAUCAUACCGGCCCUCGUCACAUCAGGCGACGAGCUCGUGAUGUCGUUCGGAGUCAUGGGUGGUUACAUGCAGCCACAAGGUCACGUGCAGGUGUUGCUGAACACUCUGCGCGGAUUCUCGCCUCAGGCGUCCCUGGAUGCGCCCCGCUUCUGCAUCAGUGCGGGCCUGCCCGACGCGGGCACGAAGAACGCCAAGGACGCGGGCAACUUCAACGCCGAGAUCUGGUUCGAGGAGGGCAUCGCGCCGGAAACGGUCGAGAAGCUGCGCCAGAUGGGACACCGCUGCGAGGUCGCUGACCACUUCAAGCGCGCCAUUCUGGGCCGCGGGCAGAUGAUUCGCAAGGUCACUGAUCCCUCGGGACGCAUUGUUUGGGCCGGAGGCAGCGACCCGCGCGCGGACGGGUGUGCGGCUGGCCAGAUCUAG